CAUUUUAUUUACGUCAUAUCGAUUUAACAUUUGGCCAAAUUCGCAAAUCAGGUCAAAAUGUGAUUGCACUCGCGACGUGGUUCCCUCAAAUCGGCGACUGGACGUAGAUUAAGUGCGGCAUUCACAGUUCCUCAAGCGCGGGUAAGACGAUGCCUUUGUCACAACAAAGCAGCAGUGUAAGCUCACCACUAUCUAUGUGUUUGCAGCCAGUUUUGAAGUAUUUGCCCACAUAUCGUCUGGAUCCAAAGUAUCCGCUAAAUAAAGAAGUAUGCGAGAAAAUUAUGCGCACCGUGAUGGACAAUGCAUUCGAAAAUUUUAUGUAUUCGCCCAAAACGUCACUAACAUUGUGUGCACAAAUCAGCGAAGAGAUUAAGAAUCGAAUUAAAGCGCAACACUUUGAUCGUUACCGUUACAUUUGUGUCGUGACCAUCGGUGAAAAGGUAAUGCAAGGAUACUGUUCGCUGGUAAAUUUUCUUUGGGAUGCAGAAAAGGAUGGUUACAUUUCCUACGUUUAUGAUACACCAAAAUUUUUCGGUAUCGCCACACUUUACUACCUUUAUUAUGAUUAGCUCCAAUUCAAUGAGGUUUUAAAGAAAUGUCAUACAUACAUAUGUAUAUUAGAUAAAUGUUAUUAUUGAGAAAUAAAAAAAUUAUGUUUGCCAAUCUUGA